GUGAAAUUAUAUCACCGGCCGGUCCGUGACUGACAAUGUAACUUUCAUUUUCAGUUUAUUCCAGAAAAUGGUGGACUAGACAGAAAGGGAUGACGGCUCCUUUCUCAAAUAUAUUCAAGAGUUGAUUCUUAAUACAACAGUAGAGUUGAAUAGUAAUCGUUCGCGUAUUUCCUAAAUGAGGCGUCGUUUGGUGUUAAAUUGCAUGUUUGAUUUUUAUUUUCAUUUCGCGUUGAAUCAAUAGGCUUCUCACACACCGUGCGCACUGCACAGGUAUCAACGCGACCAGCUACUUAUUAUCUAUCGUGCGCUAAACUAAAGUACUUCAAUAUGUUAGAAGAACCAUCAGGGCCUGGGUGGCUAUCAGAAGAAGUAAAAACUGGGGUGAGUAUAAUUUGAUGACAUGUUUGGAGCUGGAAUUGAUAUUAACCUAGAGAAGUGUUCUCAUUGUAAAAUGUAUAAACCAAAUAUAUUGCCAUUUCCAAAUGGUCAGUGUCAAAGUAAACUUAACUGUUGAGUCAUUCAAAUGAGUUAUUUAAUGAUGCCCUCAAGGCAGUUUGGAAAGCACUAAAUCAAAAUUGUGUCUGUGCUUUGCUUUCAGACCACCAUCAUUGCAAUUGAGUUUGAUGGAGGGGUGGUGCUGGGCUCUGACUCUCGAGUGUCUGCUGGGUAAGUUGCUGUUCCAAGUCUUAGAGAGACAAUCAUUUACUAUGAACAUUACAAACGUUAUGGUCCUCCCUCAACCCUCCGUUCUCCCUCCACCCAUUCUCCCUCUUCCAUCCUUCCCUCCAUCCCUCAUAGGGAGACUGUGGUGAACCGGGUGAUGAACAAGCUCUCUCUCCUCCAUGACAAGAUCUACUGCGCCCUGUCAGGCUCGGCUGCAGACGCCCAGACCAUCGCUGAGAUGGUCAACUACCAGCUAGAUGUGCAUAGGUAUUACCCACUGCAUGGCUAUUUAUUGUGGUCGGCAAUCGCUCUAGUGCUUUGUGUAACACAUUUGGUUGAGUUAAACGUAUGGAAAAGGUUUAUAGGCCUACACUGUGCAUUUUCACAUGUUCUCAUGGGGGUUUGCUUAUAUAGAUGCAGUUCAAUAAUUCUGCUAUUGAGCUGUGGCUUAUGUGACUUGUGACCUCUUUAACUCAGCAUUGAGGUUGGAGAGGAUCCUCAAGUUCGUUCAGCUGCCUCUCUGGUGAAAAACAUCUCGUACAAGUACAAAGAAGAGCUGUCAGCACAUCUCAUUGUUGCCGGGUGGGACAAGAGAGGAGGGGGGCAGGUCAGUCAUUACAUAGAAAUGCCACAUCUAUAAACACUAGUUCCGUCUGUAUUAAUUUAUUUUUGUGUCCCUUUCAGUAAAUGUUCUUGCAUUUGGAACAUUUUAACUGAUCCCUGAGUCUCAGAAGAGGUCAUUUCAAAUUGAACAUGUUUGUAAUUGUUUUGAGUGUAUGCUCAACAAAAUGUACCAUGAGUACAAUUACAGAAUCAAACUCAGUUGCCUCAAACUCACAGAAGUUCACUAGUCUGCAUAAUAUUUGACCUUUGCUAGGUUGCUGUGUUCAAGUAUUCCCCUCUCACUGACCCCUCCCAGGUGUACGUGACCCUGAAUGGCCUGUUGUCCAGACAACCUUUUGCGGUAGGCGGCUCCGGAAGCGCCUAUGUCUAUGGGUUUGUUGAUGCAGAGUACCGGAAGGCCAUGAGCAAAGAGGACUGCCAACAGUUUGUUGUCAACAGUGAGUGACCAAAAGUGUACUUUUAAAAUAAAAUAAAUGUGUUGGUGUACAGGUAUGACCUAAACAGCAUGAAUUAGAAGCAAUUAAGAUGUGUCAUUUUUCAAUAAUAUGCUCUCACUCGCUCUCUUUCUUCACCUCUCCUCUCUCUCAGCACUUUCAUUGGCCAUGAGUCGAGAUGGUUCCAGCGGAGGUGUGGCCUACCUUGUCACUAUUGAUGAAAAGGGUGCAGAGGAGAAAUGCAUCCUGGGCAACGAGUUGCCCACUUUUUAUGAUCAGUGAAAACUGAGUUGUAAAAACAGUAUCACUCAAGUUGUCGUUGUUAUGAAACAGUGAGUGGACAUAUGGCCACCUUACGAACAAACAUUCACACAGGAUAUAGAAUGUUUGGAUAGGGGUAUGAAUCAUGCUGGCACAAUGUCAAUUAUUCUCACUACACAUAACAUUUUCAAAAUUAUUCAUAAUUGUUGAAGACACUGAUUUUAUUUUGGUUAGCCAGCGACUUGAAGCUGGACUGUGUCUUUGGGUGAUUCACAAGUAAAUAAACGAUCUGUCAAUCAAA